UUUCCGCCGGGCGGCCGCAGUGCGCAGGCCCGGUGACCCGCAGCAGAAUAAACCCGUUCAGCGCUGAUAAAAUGGCCACCGCGGAUGCUGCUGGAACCCCCAGUCUCGUGAAGCUGAAGACAGACUGAACCUCCCCUGUUCUGGUGCGGAAAGGCGACUCGGGAGGCUCGGAGAGACGGCGCUCCUCGGCGGCGGGAGUUUGUGUUGUAGGUGUGCGGGGGGAGCUGCGCGGUGAGCGGCUGGGGAGUUAUAGCAGCUCGGCUUCAGCUAAAGGCUGCUGCUGCCCGCCUGCCCGCCCGCUCGGCUACUUUACAGAGUUUGAGGGGGGGAACGGGACCAGCAGAGGGCCGGAACGGCCAGAACUCCAAUGGCUGACCCCAGAAAAGUCCCAUUCGUGACCCUCGCUUCGUACGGCGCCACUCCUGAAUCCAAGAAGCGGCGGAGAGAGGAGGAGGGCGAGGGCAGCCCUCACCAUCCUCAUCCUCACCCUCACCACCUCCCGAGGGAUGGAGGAGCCGGGGCCGGGACUGUGGGCUUAUUCGGGGCAGGGAAAGCCCCGGGGAGCGGUGGUACUAGUGGUACCGGUGGCGGAGACAGCGGCGGCGGCGGUUCUCCAGCAGACCCAGAGCCCACAGUGCGGCUGAACCUCUGCCUGUCCGAGCCGAGCGACCGCGGGUCCGCAGAGUUCAGCUACAGCGAGCUCGUCCAGCAGGCCAAGAAAGUUCCCUCACAAGGGCUGACCCCAGCGCUGGACCCAAACGACCCGUUCGCAGACGAGGACAGAGAAAGACGAGAGGUUGAAGCUCUGGCCAAGAAAUUUGAGAGUAAAUAUGGCAACACAGGAAGAAAGAAGAAGAGGGACCGAGUGCAGGACCUCAUAGACAUUGGUUACGGCUAUGAUGAGACCGAUCCAUUCAUUGACAACUCUGAGGCUUACGAUGAGCUUGUUCCUGCAUCACUCACCACUAAACUCGGAGGAUUCUACAUCAACACAGGAACCCUGCAGUUCAGAGCUGCUUCUGAGUCCGAGUCUGAGGAAGGGAGCAAGAAUGAAAACCACUUCAAGAAACUGAAGGAUGUUGAAGAGCGACUCAUUAAGAAGAGAAAGAAGAAAGAUGGGUCUUUAGACGAAAAGAAACCCAGGAAGAAUCGAGUACCAAAACCAGGGGUGUCGGCGCUGAACCGGCCUGAGAAAAAGAAGAGGAAGAAGUUGAUGAAGGACUCUCUUUCGCUGGCGGCCAUGAUCCGACGCUUCACCCGUGAGAAAGAGGAGAUGAAGAAGAAGAGUCCUGUGCCGCCAGCCGCCCUCAAAGUCGCACGUGCACCCACAAACACCAACAGAGCCUUGGUCAACUCCAACACUGCCACUCCGGGCAACGACCUCUCCAUGGCCGACCUCACCAACGACCCCGCUGUGAUGUCACUGCUGGGUUCGGCCAAUGACAACGAGAUGCUUCAGGAUCUGAUGGGUGAUCUGGACUUUGCACUGCUGGAUCCUCCAGAGCCCUCCAGUCCAGGCCAGGGAGAGAACGGCAGCGCCGGUGUUCAGAGAGGAGGCACUCCUGGCCGGAUACAGAGGACUGGUGUCAUGCCCCCUCCUCCACUGCCAGAAGGUCUGCCUGCCCCCCUCAUCAAGCGUAUAGAGGACCUGCGAGCGGUGAAUAGUGGAGCACAGAGAAGGGAGAAGAAUGAGGAGGAGAAUGAGAAUGAGGAGAAGGAUGAGAUUGAGGAGGAGGAGGAUGAAAUGAAGAGUAGGGAGGAAAGAAAAGUAAGGAAAGGAGAGAGAGGUAGAGAGCAGUGCAGAAAGAGGUACAGCAAGGCAUCUCGGCAGUUUGACGUGGAGGGAAGGAAGAAGUUCUUCACGCUGGACAUGAACAACAUCCUCCUAGAUAUCGAGCUUCAGGUUCAGGAGCAGCCGGCUGAGGUUCGCGCCGCUGUCUAUUCCCACCUGGAGGCUUUCGUCCCCUGCAACAAAGAAGCUCUGCUGAAGCGUCUGAAGAAGCUGAGUCUGAACGUACAGGAUGACCGGCUGAAGAACCCGCUGCUCAAACUCAAACUGGCCGUCUGCAGCGCCAUGCCUGAGCAGAUUGCUCGCUACAACAUGGACUGCAUGGCCAAGGUGGCCAAGCAGAUGUCGGAGGAUGGAGAGCGGAACGGUUCGGAGGAUGAAGACGACGAAAGGCCGGGUAAACGGGUGAUGGGUCCACGGAAAAAGUUUGUGUGGGAUGAUAAACUCAGGGCCCUGCUGUGUAAUCUGGUCAGAGCGAAGCUGGGCUGUUAUGAGGCUGAGGGCCAGAAUUCUCCCUCUCCUGAAGACUACCUCAAAGCCUUUAUGGAGACUGAGGUCAAACCUCUCUGGCCUAAAGGCUGGAUGCAGGCCAGAAUGCUGAUUAAAGAGAGCCGUGUGGCCCAUGGCCAUCUCACAGGAAACACGGUGAAGAAAAAGAUAAUCACCACUCCAAAAAUGAAACCAAAGGAUGGUGUAUGGGUCCAGCAGCAUGCCCCUGUGGAGCCUGGCCUGCUGGCUCGGCCACUGUCCCCCUCCGAGCCCAUCUGCCUUUCAGACUCUCUUGAUGAGGAUCUGGGUGGUGCUCCAUCACUCGACUCCAUCUCUCAGGCUCUGGCUCUGCUCAGCAGCGCUGCCAAGGGUCUGAUUCAGUCCGACAGUCCAGCAUCUCCCGAGGGACCCAAACCCUCCAACCCCAAACCCUCUGGUCCCACGACUCCCCACCCCUCCACAACCCCACUUCCCAAAAAGACCAGCACCACUACUGCCCCGUCUGUGCCGCUGCCCACCGGCAGCCCUCUCUUAGUCUCGUCCUCCUCCCCAUCUCCCGCCAUCUCGCGUCCUUCCUCAGUCUCAGUUUCUGCCUCCUCUGCUGUCAGGAGCGAGGGCUUGGUGGGGGUGAAGGUAGGAGCGGGCGCUUUGUCUCAAGCACAGAGACAUUCCCUACUGACGGCCCAGCGGCCCGGGAUUGCUGUUGGUAACAAGCAGAACCUGCCCGCUACGCCGUCACCACCCAAACCAAGGCCACCGCCCACUGCCUCGCCCCUCCUCCCCCCUCACAAGAGCUUCAGUUCACCCGUGGGGAAAUCACCCAUGGCCACGCCCACAAGCCUCCACAAAUCUAGCAAUAACAGCGGUCGAAUCGGCGAUGUCAGCUUGGCAGCGUCGGCAUCAUCUCAGGCUCGACCGAUCUCUACUUCUUCGCCCUCGUCUUCUUCCGCAUCUUCAUGCUCUUCCUCGCUCCUCGCUGCCAAAACGCCACAGGCCUUACACACACCUCAACCCAAAAACGAGUCCCCUCGUCCCGCGCCCUCGCCCGCUCAGCCCAAACCACAGCAUCAGCAGUCUAACUUCAUCACCCCCAUGCAGGCCACACUCACUAAAUCCCCCCACAGCGCCAACUCCCCCAUCCUCAAACUCACCCCCCGGGUAUCUGUCCCCAACAUGGCUACCAGCUCUCCAUCACCUUCUCCCUCCCUCAGACCAUCUACGUUACCCAGCGUGCACCAGUACUCUACUAAAAGCCCGGCCUUCCACGCCGGGUUCUCAGGUGUCGGGGCCGGUUACAGCUCCCCUGCAGCGCAGCAGAAGAACUCCUCUCAGGUGAACAGCGGCAGCCUCACAAGCACUCCCUCCUCCAUCAUCAAGUCCCCAGCAACCAGCGCGUCGCCCGCCGCUGCCUCGGCCAAUCACGGGCCACGCCAAAGGCUUGCAGGUGGGAUUAAUCAGGGAACUAAGACUCUGGCGUCCGUUUCCUCGGCAUCAGCUUCUCAGCUACCACAGGUGUCGUCCUCCAGUGGGGCUCUGCUGGGUUCAGGGGCCCCAAAUUUGCCUCUGGGUUUCGGGAUGCUCGGGGGGCUGGUGCCUGUCUCUUUGCCUUUCCAGUUCCCUGGGCUGCUCAACCUCCCCACACCCACAGUGACCGCCGCAGGGGCCAACUCAGCUAACCCCACCAGCUCAGGAUACACUCUACCCCCCAAUUUGUUAAAGGGUCUCAUGUCAGGUGCUCAGGCUGCUCUGCCUCCUCACUUGCAACUCGCUUUCUCAGAUGUCACUCAAAGUCAGGGCGGAGACGUGAAAAGGAAGACAUUAUGACCUCACCCAGAACCUGCUAGACUCGGACUCUCUCUGAUACGUUGUGGGCAUCAGGGUGGCUUUCAUGCUGAAAUGGACAUAACCAAGGGGGCCUGACCACACAUGCAUGGACUGCUGGCUUACCUAAUAAUGAGAAUGGAUCAUUUUUUUUUAAUAUUGAUGAAAUUUAAUUAAUAAUAUUGUCAUUGGAGUGGAUGAUUUUUUUUUUUGCUAAUGUUUACACAGACAGACCUUAAUCACUGUGGACAGGGAGGGAACAUUGUGGAUGUACACACUC